AUGUCCCCAACGCCAACAUUAUCUCCCUUCGCGACACUACUCGGAUCCAACCAAUGUCCAACCGACAGUGAAGCAGCGGAAAUCCGGUCUUUUCUCGUCGAGCCCAUAUCUCGUGCACAAACACUUGCCACAAAAAUGCUGAGAUUGGAUGUGCAACACAAAGAGCUCAUGGCACAUAUCACUGCCCAUAGAGCUCUCCUUUCACCCAUUCGGCGCCUUCCCCAAGAUGUGCUCCGCGAAAUCUUCACGGAAUUCCUUUCGCGACAAAAAUAUUGCGGCAUGAAGACGUUCGAUGGGCCGAUAUUGUUGGGCCGUAUUUGCAGUCAGUGGCGCUCUUUGGCUCUCGAAACACCAGAAUUAUGGUCCCGGCUUCACGUUGUUGAACCUGCGCCUUCAGCCAUGUCGCGCAGUGCUCACAGUACCAGAACCAUGCAACUAAUUGAUGGCAUCAAACUCUGGCUGGACCGUGCUGGGUCUCGCCCACUCUACUUGUCGUUCCAAAGGGAACCCAGUCUUAGAUCCCCACUGGCAGACAACCACUCUUCUGUCCUCGAUCUUUUGAUUUCGUAUGCGCCUCGAUGCAAGGCGAUAUGUACCCCCUUCCUCGAAGACGUGACUAUCGAAAUCAGACAGUUCGUGCACUCGAACGGGGAAACGCCGAGUCCUUGGCAAUCUUUACUCUUUCUGCGCGCUGCUUCUCUCCGGAAACUCACCCUCAGCGAUUGCGUCGUGAAAAAUCUACAACAGCACGUUAACUGGACGAAACUCACUCACCUGACGAUAUCGGAACAUAUGCCUGAUCAUCCGGUAGCUGAGAAACUCCCGAAUCUCUUAACGAAAUGUUCAGAGCUUCGUGUCUGCAUCUUGAAGUUGGAGCAUUGGGACAUCAUGAUGCCUAUUGCCAUAUCGCCUAAUAUAAAGAUUCUCUUGAAUCACCUGAAUAGGCUUCAUUUGUCCAGCCAUUUCCAUCUGCUUCCGAAUCUGGUACUACCUGAACUGCGCUACUUGAUAUUACGCUACAAGGAGGAAGAACCUUGGUUCGAUGAACCGGAGAACGACAUCCUACUUGAAAACGUCGACGACCUACUUUCCACCCUUCAAUCAAGCACGCAGCUUGAGGUCAUUCGAUUUGCGUCGGGAUUGCCAAAGCAAGGCCUCCUAACCAUUUUGGCUACCCUUCCUCCAAGCCUUCUCACUCUGGAGAUCGCAGACAACCAAGUAGAUCCGCAAAUCGACGAUAAGGUGCUCGAACGUCUGGCGGAGACCAGACGCUGCCCCAAAUUGCAGAAUCUAACGCUCAGAAAAUGCGAGCUUGUUUCUGAGGAGGGUAUGGUCCAAUACCUUAACCUUCAAACGGAUGGGCUGCGAACCGUUUCUCUAAGGAAAUUGUUUGUACGCUAUAACGUCGGCCUCGAGCCGCCGUGGACAAGUUCUGCUCCAGAACGAAUUCGACCAUUCCAAGACGCCGGCAUUCAAAUCUGUUUGACGAAGUCGGAUGAUUAA